AUGAGCGGAGGGGAGCUCCUCCCCUGCCGUGGGAUUCCCUACCACGGCCCCGGUGCCUCCAUAGCCAUAUCCAGGUACCAUUCUAGGGUCUUCCUGCUCGGCAAUCGUUCCAAUCGGCUCGAGAUACGGAGAAGAGUGAAGAGCCCGGGAAGAGCCGGAUUGCGCUGUCGCACUGUCGAGGUCUUCGGGAAAUUAGGGCCUGGAGCUGACGGGGAACCCUCAGAUGACUUCGCUACUAGGGUUUUGAAGGAUAAUCCUAGCCAGGUGGAACCGAGAUUCCUGGUGGGUGAUAGGUUCCUCACUCUGAGGGAGAAAGAGAAGCCUCGGGAGAGCUCGGAUUUUGUUCUCUUUUCCAUCGUCAAGAAGUUUCUGAGCAGGCGAGGAGAAUUCAAAGAGACGCCUGAAGCUGGUGGUGACGGGGUAGUGAAAGGAGGCAAGGCUUCGAAGGCAGUGUACCUCAAAGAUUUACUGCGAGAGUUCAAGGGGGAGCUCUAUGUUCCAGAGGAAGUGUUUAAGCCAGAGUUGUCGGAAGAGGAAGAGUUCGACCGGAAUUUGAAGUUGCUCCCCAGAAUGACUCUUGAGGAUUUCGGUAAGUAUCUAAAGACAGAUCAAAUAAAGCUGUUGACAUCAAAAUCCACGAUCAGUGAAACACCAUUCACUGGCUAUAGAGAUUUUGUCAUCGACUUGAUGGAGAUCCCUGGGGACAAGACAUUCCAGAGAACUAAAUGGUGAACUACUCAAUAACGUUCUGAAGGUUUCGUAACCAAAAAAAUAUCCAUCAAAACUUAUUUAUAGGAAUUUUGCAGGGCUAUUACAUUGACCGCAAAUCAAACAAGGGCGGCUUUGGCGGAAUAUGCUGGCCCUCAGUACGAGAUUGAGAAGCACACCACCGUGAGUAAUGUGGUCAUGUGCUUUACAACAAGACAAUGUGCAGUCGGAAUCGUCUAACUUUGAGAUAGCUAGUUUAUACAGUAGGAUUGUUAUUUAUCUUUAAGUGUAAUUAAUUUUGUGUAUAAUUGGCAGCUAAUAGAUAGCCAAGUGAUCAAUGGAUAAUCAAACGUAUCGUUAGGUUUGUCCAUGAUCAAACGCAAUUUAAAAUUUUGAUAAUUGAUUGUACACAGAUUGAUUAUAGUUGUGCUUUUUAUUCACGAGGUCAUUUUCUUUAUCAAAAGGUACCAACUUAGCAUUUUUAUUUUUUUUCCUGAAUGUUAGAAUGUAGCUAACAGAACUAUUUCUCAAGUACCAGUGUAGUUCCAAAUGAAAAAUCUGAAAAAAUGAACAUGAAGUAUGGGGUUCAACGGUUGACUAAAUAUUAACAUGCUUAUACAAACAUUAAGGUCAUUUUCCCCUUUUUUACAUUAAAAAAACUUUGAAAUUUAAAGUAAUCAGCUGGUUCAAAUUAAAGUUCACGUCAAAAACAGGAAUUUGAACCAUCGGGUGGUGUUUCAAAUAGUGCUCUUGUUCUCUCUCCUUUGGGAUGUUUUCUUUGAAAGGUGGACUGCUGAGUACUGGAAGGAUUACUUCAGACUCCCAUGGCACCUCACAGAAUAACACUCAUGUAAUUCAAUUUCUCUUUUUUAUCAAUGGAGCGUUAUCAAUAAGCUUUCUUUAAGAGUUUUUAAUUAUGUGUAUAGAUGAUAUGUUUUUUUCUACUUGAUUGACUGCCGGUUAUCUCUAUACAGUCAUAUGUGGGAAAAUUGCUUGAAUACCCCAAUCCAGUAGCUUCCUCUAUAUCUAGCAGAAUAAUGGUCGAGCUGGGGAUGGUGACAGCAGUUAUGGCCGCUGCAGCAGCAGUAAUUGGGGGUUUCCUGGCAUCCGCAGUAUUCGCUGCAACUAGCUUUAUGUAUGCUGUGACAUUCUAUGUGAUAUGGCCUGUAGUCAGACCUCUUCUCAAGCUUGGUCUCGGAAUCAUUCUUGGUAUCCUCGAGAGAAUGUGGGAUAAUGUUGUUGACUUAUUCAGCGAUGGAGGGUUUUUUUCAAAAAUAUAUGAGUUUUACACCUUCCGUGGAGUCUCUUCCAGUCUUACAAUGAUGAAGCCAAUCUUGCUUGUUCUGGGAACCAUGGUCCUUCUCAUAAGGUUCACCCUUUCAAGGAGACCAAAGAACUUCAGGAAAUGGGUAACUCCGAUACACUUUCUGUGUAUCUAUGAUUUCACAUGUUGAGAGGUAAUUUUGAUGUCCGUUUUGCUAUUUGCUAAUCUUCUGCGUCUCCAUGCAGGAUAUUUGGCAAGGCAUUGAAUUUUCUCAAUCAAAACCGCAGGCCCGGGUUGAUGUCAGUUAUCUUUCGCCCAGCUUCAUUGCUUCAUUUGUUCAUUUAUUUUCAAUCUGAAAUGCUGGGUUGAUCUUGCUAAUUCAUAUCCUUCUUCUGGUUAUCAGGGUUCAACUGGGGUUCUGUUCAGUGAUGUUGCGGGGAUCGAUGAAGCAGUGGACGAGCUCCAGGAGGUGUAACAUUUUGUUGUUCUACUUUGUCUCCUUCUUGGCAGUGAUUACUGAUUUGUCUGAUACUCCCAUUUGACAAACACCAUAUUAUAGAACUUCACACCGUUACAACCUAAUUUGAAUCUUCUAAUUCACACCUAGAGCACACUUAUUGUUUCCAUGAAAGACUUCUUCAAAACAUAUGCUCCUUUUUUUUUUCGCCGAAAUUUAGAAUGGUUGUUGUGCUUUACAUUAUAUUGUGUUUUCAAUGUUUUUUAGUUGUGUUUGUGCAAUAUGCAUAUAAAUGUUUACAGGCCUGUGGUUCCCCUUUCCAAAUAUGCACCUUUAUUCCCUGUUUCACAGUGUCAUGUUUUCAGAUUCAAGUUGAUAUUUCACCAGUCUGAUCCACCGUGUCAAAUCGUGUCACGAAUUAUUGACAUAUGUGACCUGACUUAUUUUUAUUGUAAUCUAGCUAGUAGAUUAUUUGAAGAAUCCGAAGAAAUUUGAUGAAAUAGGGAUAAAGCCUCCUCAUGGUGUUCUUUUAGAGGGUCCUCCUGGUUGUGGAAAGGUUGGUAACAUCAUCUGGAAUUUCUAACUUUAAUUCAGAACUUGCUUUUUUGGCUAACUUAAAAGUUAUUAUCUAGACAUUGGUCGCUAAAGCUAUUGCGGGCGAAGCUGGCGUUCCAUUUUACCAGAUGGCUGGCUCUGAGUUUGUGGAAGUUCUAGUGGGCGUUGGUUCUGCUCGAAUCAGGGAUCUUUUUAAGAGAGCAAAUGUGAGGCUUUGGCCCUUUAUUAUUACUGUAAAUACCUCAUAUGCUAGAAAGUAGUUUUUUCUAUGUAAUUUAUUUCUUCGUUAACUAUAUUGGAUAUCCAUUUUACGCAGUUCUUUUGCCACGCCAAUAUUCAUGCCUCUUACUCAUACAAUAUAUAGAUUGUCCAUUGAACACAUUCACACCCCACAAGGACUUGAAUGGUUCAAAUACCGACAGAAAGUACCAGUAAGACCUCAAUUAUCUACAUUGAAUAUGAAGUUAAUCUAUACAUGAUUAACGUCCAAUAUCCAUUGACAUGAAUAUGACGACGAAGUGCACAGAGUUACUAUCAUUGAACGGUGCCAAUGAUGACGCACAAAUAUUCUGAUUGACUACAUGCUCGUGUUUUAUUGUUCAAGAUGCUCGUGUUUCAUUCAAGAUUUUUCUUUUCUAAAAAAUUACUGUUACUGUCCACAAGUGAAGUAUGGCACUAGGAUCCAGAACUCAAAAGCUGCACAAAACAGCCUCACUAUUAUCUUCAAGUUCUGAAACUUAGUCCCAAAAUCCAGCUUAUUUUUACCGCGUUUAAAUAUUGCCUUUUGCUAGUCUCUUGAUUAAAUACCACGUAUACUGUUCAUGCAGGUUAACAAACCGGCAGUUGUGUUUAUUGAUGAGAUUGACGCAUUGGCUACGAGGUAUGGAUGGCAUAGCUGGUGGAGUUGGAACAUAUAUUAUGCACUUAAAUAGGCUUUGAUAUCUUCAAUCUUGGUUAGCUAACAAUGAUCUAAUGUGACCAGGCGCCAGGGUAUUUUUAGUGAAUCUACAAACUAUCUUUACAAUGCAGCUACUCAAGAGAGGGAGACCACACUCAACCAGCUUUUGAUAGAGCUCGAUGGGUUUGAUACUGGAAAAGGUGUCAUAUUUUUGGGUGCUACUAAUCGUAUGGAUUUACUAGAUCCUGCCCUCCUCAGACCAGGUCGCUUUGACAGAAAGGUGGGCCUUGUAUCAUUUGUUCUCAAAUGGCUGCAUUGUAAAAACCCUGAUUUUAUUAUUUUUUGCUCUCGGUUUCACAUAUGCCUCGCAUUGGUUUCUAUCUCACUUACAAAUUAUAUUCAUAGUUUUGAUGAUGCAUCGACAUUUACAGAUAAGAAUACGACCUCCAGGGGCAAAGGGUCGAUUAGACAUCUUGAAGGUACAUGCUCGCAAGGUCAAAAUGUCCCAGUCUGUUGAUCUUGCAAAUUAUGCUCAAAAUUUGCCUGGUAUUUGUUACCUAUCCUUAAUUUUUUGUUAAGAUCACAUGCAUGUUUUAAUUUACUAUUCAUUCAUCCUGAAAAUUGUAUUAAAAUGGAUAGAACCUCAACAUUUUUUUUGAGCUUACAUUUUAUUUUAUGCUCAUUUAUCGCCAUGUAGAAUGUUUCAAAAGUUGUGUAGGCACAUUGCUGCAUAAAACCAGAACAGGCAGAAUGAAAAACGCUGAUUGGAUGCCUCAAUUAUACGAUCCUAGCUUCAUAGAACUCCUUGCCAUGUAUAAGCCAAACAUGAAAGGUAUAUCGACUGCCACUAAGUCUUUGGAGAAAACCAUGCUGCCCAUCUUGCUUAACUACUUAGUCAAAGUCAAAUAAAUUAUACUAUCGUCAACUAAUAUAACCACGAAGUCAAGUCAAGCCCAUCAACUGUGGGCAUCUGCUCUUCGUGGCUCUGCUUCUAGAAUGCAGUUAUCCAGAAUUAUUGUUUAUAAUUCUUUUGUGGUCUUUCGUAAAAUAGGUGAAUAGCUGUGCAGGAUUAAAAUUCGGCAUAUGAUUCAAUUCCUCUUGAAGCACGCUGAACUCCAAAUACCUGGCGUCGCCUUACUACUUUGCCGUCAGUUCCCUUGCUUUUCUUACUCAUUUUGCCUUGUUCUUCCACACUGUAUCCUCAUUCUUUAUCUUUCAAAGGUGAGGAAUAUUGGCUUGAGACUGACUACUUUCAUAGUGCCUGAUGUAAUGUUUUAAUUUCAGUAGUCGUAUGUAGACUUGAUAGGAUUCUCUGGAAUUACCUUGUAAGCUGCUUCUUUAAUCUCAGUAGUACGGAUUUGCACCUAGUCCUGAUUUUGUUCUACCCGCCAUGAAGACAUCCCUUGUUCUUUCAGCCUCGUCUAAUCUACUUGACUGGGGGCAUUCACUUGAUUCGUUGACCGCGCUGGCCUCUGACUUUGGAGUUUCUCAAUUGGCCAGGAUGGUCAGGAGCUAAGUUGGCGCAACUGCUUCAGGAGGCUGCAUUAAUUGCCGUCAGGAACAGGCACGAGGCAAUCCUUCAUUCAGAUAUGGACGAUGCCGUUGACCGACUCACCGUCGGACCAAGACGUCUGGGGAUCGAGUUAGGUCAUCAAGGGCAGUCCAGAAGAGCCACCACCGAGGUCGGAGCUGCGUUGACUUCUCAUCUACUGAGGCGCUAUGAAAACGCCAUGGUGGAAUCUUGCGAGCGUAUAUCUAUCAAUCCUCGCGGUGAGGUAACUGAGAAGCACAAACGGCAUCAUAUACCAUAAAAACCUUUUAUACUUGAAUUUUUUGCAAAGGUAUGCUUGUUGUUCUGCUUCCCCUGAGUUAGAUUCAUGACUGCAGACAUUCUCCCAAGUUGUCUUCCAUCGUCUGGAUGAUGAAUCCUACAUGUUUGAGCGGCGACCCCAGCUGCUCCAUCGCCUCCAGGUUUGACUAUGAAUGCGCCCUGCUUGCAUAAGUUACCGUUGAAUUAAUCCUAAUGAUUACUUUAGGGUUCAUUAUUCUCAAGUCUCUCGUCUAUGAAGGUGCUGUUAGGAGGGAGGGCCGCCGAAGAGGUGAUCUAUGGCCGGGACACAUCGAAGGCAUCCUUGGGUUACCUUGCCGAUGCGUCCUGGCUUGCCCGCAAGAUGCUCUCCAUGUACUCCCUCCCUCCCUCCCUCCUCUCCAUCUCCAUGGUGUCUUCUUCUUCUUCUUUCUCUCUCUAAUGUAUGAUUAUGAUUACCUCUCUCUCUCUCUCUCUUCUUACCCAUUAGCUGGAACCUGGAGAACCCACUGACCAUACACGGGGAGCCAUCUGCAUGGAAGAAGAGCGCCAAGUUCAUCGGGCCGAGGCUGGAUUUUGAAGGAUCGCUCUACGACGACUACGAUCUGAUAGAACCCCCGGUCAACUUCAACCUGGACGAUGAUGUUGCUCUGAGAGCGGAGGAGUUGGUCAACAGCAUGUAUGGGAAGACCGUCUGCUUGUUGAGGCGGCACCAUGCGGCUCUGGUCAAAACUGUGAAGGUUCCCCCACUCUCUCAUCCUCUCCAAGCCCUCCCGCACUUCAAUUUUGGCUCGAACCCAUCGUUGACCAGGCCAGGCCCCUUCUAUCCCUUGCAGGUUUUGCUGGACAGAAAGGAGAUCAGUGGGGAUCACAUCGAGUUCAUCCUGGAUAAUUACCCUGCAGAGACCCCUGUGGAUCUUGUUCUGGAGGAGAGAGAACCUGGAACCCUGCCAUUUUUUGAGAGGGAAGGUGAGAUGGUUCUCUCUCCAUCACUACAAGAGUAG